UAAUUUUGCUAUCGUUGACUGUUAUCAGUCGCAUGUUGAAUCGUUCCGCUUAAGGAAACAAUGGAAAAACUUAAACAUCGGACUUGUGAUAUCUGUGUCAAAUGAGGUAUAACAUUGAUACGUUUCUUGAGUUUAUUUAUUGAUAAACGGUCCAUCAAUAUGUCAUCUAUUCCUAUCUUGUGGAUCUUAAUUAUUGUGAUUGCCAUAUUUGUAUUGGUGAGACUAUAUUUUACAUUAACUAGUGCGCGAUGCAAAAGUAAAGUCACCCUAGUGGGAAAAACUGCACUUGUCACAGGAGGAAGUUCUGGAUUAGGCUAUCAACUUGGCUUAGAACUAGCAUCACGAGGAUGUAGAGUCAUACUGGCUCAAAGGAGUACCCAUGAGAAGCUCAGAGAAACACUGAUCGAGGAAACCAACAACCCGAAUACUUUCUUGGAACAUGUCGAUAUGUCUUCAUUCGACAGUGUGAGAGACCUCGCUGAGAGAUUGAAGUCGACUGUGACCAAGUUGGAUAUUUUGAUAAACAAUGCAGGAGUAGGGAAUGGUCCAGAUAUUCUCACGAAAGACGGUCUCAGUCACACAUGGCAAACAAACUAUUACAGCCCAUUUCUGCUCACUCAUCUGCUUGUAGAUCUGCUGAAGAAUUCAGAGGCAGGACGCAUUAUCUUCACCAGUUCUAUUACUGCCUACUUCCACAGUAUCCAUGUGGAAGAUAAAGAUGAUGACAGGAUCAAAGCUAGUUUCAAAUUUCUGGAUUAUGCCAAUACCAAAUUCCUGGCGAUAUUUGCAGCAGAUUAUUUCGCGAAAAAACUGAAGGAAUCCAAUAUCACAUGUAAUUCAUACCAUCCUGGGAUAGUGGAAACCCCAAUCUUCCAGAGAACAGCAAAUUAUUACAGAGGUGUGAUGGACUUUAUCGUACUAUGGGCGGUAUUAUUCCUGAAGAUGUUUUCGGAAAAGAAUGUAGAGGAAGGCGUCCAAACAGCUCUUCAUCUGGCCAUUUCCAAAAAAGUCUCCAAUGUGUCUGGAAAAUUCUUCAUGGAAGCAACCCCCUGUUUCAAGCCUCGUGGUGCAAACAAUAAAAAAUUUCGGGAGAAGGUGUGGAAAACAACAGAGAAGGUUGUUGGCCUGAAACCUGAUGAAAAGUUAGCAUUAUAAUCGUAACACAACCUGAAGAUUGAAAAGAAGUUCAAAAUAAAACUGAGUCGAUGUAUAAUAAUUACGUUGAAAUUGUGAUAUCCGGUACCAUAAAAUGAUCAUUAAAGCUAUGUAGCUGAAG